UGACUGCCCAGCUGGAGGCCACGGAUGCUGCGAAGACCGCCGUGGAGCAGGACCGCGAGAGCACCAAGGCCACAUUGGAGAAGCGGCUCCAGGAAUCCGAGGCACGCGCCGCGGAGCUGACUGCCCAGCUGGAGGCCACGGAUGCUGCGAAGACCGCCGUGGAGCAGGACCGCGAGAGCACCAAGGCCACAUUGGAGAAGCGGCUCCAGGAAUCCGAGGCACGCGCCGCGGAGCUGGCUGCCCAGCUGGAGGCCACGGAUGCUGCGAAGACCGCCGUGGAGCAGGACCGCGAGAGCACCAAGGCCACAUUGGAGAAGCGGCUUCAGGAAUCCGAGGCACGCGCCGCAAAGCUGACUGCCCAGCUGGAGGCCACGGAUGCUGCGAAGGCGGCUGUGGAGCAGGACCGCGAGAGCACCAAGGCCGCAUUGGAGAAGCGGCUCCAGGAAUCCGAGGCACGCGCCGCGAAGCUGGCUGCCCAGCUGGAGGCCACGGAUGCUGCAAAGACCGCCGUGGAGCAGGACCGCGAGAGCACCAAGGCCACAUUGGAGAAGCGGCUUCAGGAAUCCGAGGCACGCGCCGCCGAGCUGGCUGCCCAGCUGGAGGCCACGGAUGCUGCGAAGACCGCCGUGGAGCAGGACCGCGAGAGCACCAAGGCCACAUUGGAGAAGCGGCUUCAGGAAUCCGAGGCACGCGCCGCGGAGCUGACUGCCCAGCUGGAGGCCACGGAUGCUGCGAAGGCGGCUGUGGAGCAGGACCGCGAGAGCACCAAGGCCGCAUUGGAGAAGCGGCUCCAGGAAUCCGAGGCACGCGCCGCGAAGCUGGCUGCCCAGCUGGAGGCCACGGAUGCUGCAAAGACCGCCGUGGAGCAGGACCGCGAGAGCACCAAGGCCACAUUGGAGAAGCGGCUUCAGGAAUCCGAGGCACGCGCCGCAAAGCUGACUGCCCAGCUGGAGGCCACGGAUGCUGCGAAGGCGGCUGUGGAGCAGGACCGCGAGAGCACCAAGGCCGCAUUGGAGAAGCGGCUUCAGGAAUCCGAGGCACGCGCCGCGAAGCUGACUGCCCAGCUGGAGGCCACGGAUGCUGCGAAGGCGGCUGUGGAGCAGGACCGCGAGAGCACCAAGGCCGCAUUGGAGAAGCGGCUUCAGGAAUCCGAGGCACGCGCCGCGGAGCUGACUGCCCAGCUGGAGGCCACGGAUGCUGCAAAGACCGCCGUGGAGCAGGACCGCGAGAGCACCAAGGCCACAUUGGAGAAGCGGCUUCAGGAAUCCGAGGCACGCGCCGCAAAGCUGACUGCCCAGCUGGAGGCCACGGAUGCUGCGAAGGCGGCUGUGGAGCAGGACCGCGAGAGCACCAAGGCCGCAUUGGAGAAGCGGCUCCAGGAAUCCGAGGCACGCGCCGCCGAGCUGGCUGCCCAGCUGGAGGCCACGGAUGCUGCGAAGACCGCCGUGGAGCAGGACCGCGAGAGCACCAAGGCCACAUUGGAGAAGCGGCUUCAGGAAUCCGAGGCACGCGCCGCGAAGCUGACUGCCCAGCUGGAGGCCACGGAUGCUGCGAAGGCGGCUGUGGAGCAGGACCGCGAGAGCACCAAGGCCACAUUGGAGAAGCGGCAUCAGGAAUCCGAGGCACGCGCCGCGAAGCUGGCUGCCCAGCUGGAGGCCACGGAUGCUGCGAAGACCGCCGUGGAGCAGGACCGCGAGAGCACCAAGGCCACAUUGGAGAAGCGGCUUCAGGAAUCCGAGGCACGCGCCGCAAAGCUGACUGCCCAGCUGGAGGCCACGGAUGCUGCGAAGGCGGCUGUGGAGCAGGACCGCGAGAGCACCAAGGCCGCAUUGGAGAAGCGGCUUCAGGAAUCCGAGGCACGCGCCGCGAAGCUGGCUGCCCAGCUGGAGGCCACGGAUGCUGCGAAGACCGCCGUGGAGCAGGACCGCGAGAGCACCAAGGCCGCAUUGGAGAAGCGGCUCCAGGAAUCCGAGGCACGCGCCGCCGAGCUGGCUGCCCAGCUGGAGGCCACGGAUGCUGCGAAGACCGCCGUGGAGCAGGACCGCGAGAGCACCAAGGCCACAUUGGAGAAGCGGCUUCAGGAAUCCGAGGCACGCGCCGCCGAGCUGGCUGCCCAGCUGGAGGCCACGGAUGCUGCGAAGGCGGCUGUGGAGCAGGACCGCGAGAGCACCAAGGCCGCAUUGGAGAAGCGGCUCCAGGAAUCCGAGGCACGCGCCGCGAAGCUGACUGCCCAGCUGGAGGCCACGGAUGCUGCGAAGGCGGCUGUGGAGCAGGACCGCGAGAGCACCAAGGCCGCAUUGGAGAAGCGGCUUCAGGAAUCCGAGGCACGCGCCGCGGAGCUGACUGCCCAGCUGGAGGCCACGGAUGCUGCGAAGGCGGCUGUGGAGCAGGACCGCGAGAGCACCAAGGCCACAUUGGAGAAGCGGCUCCAGGAAUCCGAGGCACGCGCCGCGAACCUGGCAGCCCACGCUGGAGUCCACGGAUGCUGCGAAGACCGCCGUGGAGCAGGAUCGCGAGAGCACCAAGGCCGCAUUGGAGAAGCGGCUCCAGGAAUCCGAGGCACGCGCCGCGAACCUGCCAGCCCAGCUGGAGUCCACGGAUGCUGCGAAGACCGCCGUGGAGCAGGUCCGCGAGAGUAUGAGGGCUUCUCUGGAGGCGCGUGCUGCGGAGCUGUCGCACGCGCCGCGAAGCUGGCUGCCCAGCUGGAGGCCACGGAUGCUGCGAAGACCGCCGUGGAGCAGGACCGCGAGAGCACCAAGGCCGCAUUGGAGAAGCGGCUUCAGGAAUCCGAGGCACGCGCCGCGGAGCUGACUGCCCAGCUGGAGGCCACGGAUGCUGCGAAGGCGGCUGUGGAGCAGGACCGCGAGAGCACCAAGGCCGCAUUGGAGAAGCGGCUUCAGGAAUCCGAGGCACGCGCCGCGAAGCUGACUGCCCAGCUGGAGGCCACGGAUGCUGCGAAGGCGGCUGUGGAGCAGGACCGCGAGAGCACCAAGGCCACAUUGGAGAAGCGGCAUCAGGAAUCCGAGGCACGCGCCGCGAAGCUGGCUGCCCAGCUGGAGGCCACGGAUGCUGCGAAGACCGCCGUGGAGCAGGACCGCGAGAGCACCAAGGCCGCAUUGGAGAAGCGGCUUCAGGAAUCCGAGGCACGCGCCGCGAAGCUGGCUGCCCAGCUGGAGGCCACGGAUGCUGCGAAGACCGCCGUGGAGCAGGACCGCGAGAGCACCAAGGCCACAUUGGAGAAGCGGCUUCAGGAAUCCGAGGCACGCGCCGCGGAGCUGACUGCCCAGCUGGAGGCCACGGAUGCUGCGAAGGCGGCUGUGGAGCAGGACCGCGAGAGCACCAAGGCCGCAUUGGAGAAGCGGCUUCAGGAAUCCGAGGCACGCGCCGCGGAGCUGACUGCCCAGCUGGAGGCCACGGAUGCUGCGAAGACCGCCGUGGAGCAGGACCGCGAGAGCACCAAGGCCGCAUUGGAGAAGCGGCUUCAGGAAUCCGAGGCACGCGCCGCGAAGCUGGCUGCCCAGCUGGAGGCCACGGAUGCUGCGAAGACCGCCGUGGAGCAGGACCGCGAGAGCACCAAGGCCGCAUUGGAGAAGCGGCUUCAGGAAUCCGAGGCACGCGCCGCGAAGCUGGCUGCCCAGCUGGAGGCCACGGAUGCUGCGAAGACCGCCGUGGAGCAGGACCGCGAGAGCACCAAGGCCACAUUGGAGAAGCGGCUUCAGGAAUCCGAGGCACGCGCCGCGGAGCUGACUGCCCAGCUGGAGGCCACGGAUGCUGCGAAGGCGGCUGUGGAGCAGGACCGCGAGAGCACCAAGGCCACAUUGGAGAAGCGGCUCCAGGAAUCCGAGGCACGCGCCGCGAAGCUGGCUGCCCAGCUGGAGGCCACGGAUGCUGCGAAGACCGCCGUGGAGCAGGACCGCGAGAGCACCAAGGCCACAUUGGAGAAGCGGCUUCAGGAAUCCGAGGCACGCGCCGCGGAGCUGACUGCCCAGCUGGAGGCCACGGAUGCUGCGAAGGCGGCUGUGGAGCAGGACCGCGAGAGCACCAAGGCCGCAUUGGAGAAGCGGCUCCAGGAAUCCGAGGCACGCGCCGCGAAGCUGGCUGCCCAGCUGGAGGCCACGGAUGCUGCAAAGACCGCCGUGGAGCAGGACCGCGAGAGCACCAAGGCCACAUUGGAGAAGCGGCUUCAGGAAUCCGAGGCACGCGCCGCGAAGCUGACUGCCCAGCUGGAGGCCACGGAUGCUGCGAAGGCGGCUGUGGAGCAGGACCGCGAGAGCACCAAGGCCACAUUGGAGAAGCGGCAUCAGGAAUCCGAGGCACGCGCCGCGAAGCUGGCUGCCCAGCUGGAGGCCACGGAUGCUGCGAAGGCGGCUGUGGAGCAGGACCGCGAGAGCACCAAGGCCACAUUGGAGAAGCGGCUUCAGGAAUCCGAGGCACGCGCCGCGAAGCUGACUGCCCAGCUGGAGGCCACGGAUGCUGCGAAGGCGGCUGUGGAGCAGGACCGCGAGAGCACCAAGGCCACAUUGGAGAAGCGGCAUCAGGAAUCCGAGGCACGCGCCGCGAAGCUGGCUGCCCAGCUGGAGGCCACGGAUGCUGCGAAGGCGGCUGUGGAGCAGGACCGCGAGAGCACCAAGGCCGCAUUGGAGAAGCGGCUUCAGGAAUCCGAGGCACGCGCCGCGAAGCUGACUGCCCAGCUGGAGGCCACGGAUGCUGCGAAGGCGGCUGUGGAGCAGGACCGCGAGAGCACCAAGGCCGCAUUGGAGAAGCGGCUUCAGGAAUCCGAGGCACGCGCCGCGGAGCUGACUGCCCAGCUGGAGGCCACGGAUGCUGCGAAGGCGGCUGUGGAGCAGGACCGCGAGAGCACCAAGGCCACAUUGGAGAAGCGGCUCCAGGAAUCCGAGGCACGCGCCGCGAAGCUGGCUGCCCAGCUGGAGGCCACGGAUGCUGCGAAGACCGCCGUGGAGCAGGACCGCGAGAGCACCAAGGCCGCAUUGGAGAAGCGGCUCCAGGAAUCCGAGGCACGCGCCGCGAAGCUGGCUGCCCAGCUGGAGGCCACGGAUGCUGCGAAGACCGCCGUGGAGCAGGACCGCGAGAGUAUGAGGGCUUCUCUGGAGGCGCGUGCUGCGGAGCUGUCUGGUCGAUUAAAAACCACUGCUGCUGCGAAGACGUCUGUGGAGCAGGAGCUGGACCGGACGAGGGUCACCUUGGAGGAGAGGCUACGUAUGUCUGAGGUGCGGGCGGCGCAGCUGGGCAGCCAGCUGGAGGCCACGGAUGCUGCGAAGACCGCUGUGGAGCAGGACCGUGAUAGGACGAGGGCGGCUCUGGAGGCGCGCGCCGAGGAGCUGGCACGGAAGCUGGAGGCCAUUACUGCUGUGAAGACCUCGGUGGAGCAGGAGCGCGAGAGCACGAGAGCAGCCUUAGAGGAGCGACUUCGAAGUGCUGAGGUUCGUGUUGCUGAGGUGGCGGCGCAGCUGGAGGCCACUGCUGCUGCGAAGACGGCUGUGGAGCAGGACCGUGAUAGGACGAGGGCGGCUCUGGAGGCGCGCGCCGAGGAGCUGGCACGGAAGCUGGAGGCCAUUACUGCUGUGAAGACCUCGGUGGAGCAGGAGCGCGAGAGCACGAGAGCAGCCUUAGAGGAGCGACUUCGAAGUGCUGAGGUUCGUGUUGCUGAGGUGGCGGCGCAGCUGGAGGCCACUGCUGCUGCGAAGACGGCUGUGGAGCAGGACCGUGAUAGGACGACGGCGGCUUUGGAGGCGCGGGCUGCGGAGCUAGCAAGCAAGCUGGGGGCCACUGCGGCUGCAAAGGCGUUGAUUGAGCAGAACCGCGAGAGUACGCGAGCGAUCUUGGAGGAACGGCUUCGGAUUGCGGAGGCGCGAGCUGCGGAGCUGGCUAUGGAGCUGGAUGCCACUGCUGCUGCGAAGACAUUGAUGGAGCAGGACCGCGAGAGCACGAGAUCAGCCUUGGAGGAGCGACUUCGGACUGCUGAGGUGCGUGUGGUGGAGCUUGCUAGUCAGUUGGAGGCCACUGCUGCUGCGAAGACGGCUGUGGAGCAGGACCGUGAUAGGACGAGGGCGGCUUUGGAGGCGCGGGCUGCGGAGCUGGCAAGCAAGCUGGAGGCCACUGCUGCUGCGAGGACGUCAGCGGAGCAGGACCGGGAGAGAAAGUGGGCCACCGUAGAAGAACGACUUCGGGCUGCUGAGGUGCGCGUGGCGGAGCUGGCGAGCCAGCUGGAGGCCACUGCUGCUGCGAAGACGGCUGUGGAGCAGGACCGUGAUAGGACGAGGGCGGCUUUGGAGGCGCGGGCUGCGGAGCUAGGAAACAAGCUGGAGGCCACUGCUGCUGCGAGGGCGGCUGUCGAGCAGGAUCGCGAGAGGACGAGAGCGACCUUGGAGGAGCGGUUGCGCGGUGCUGAGGUUCGGGCAGCGGAGCUGGCGGCGCAGCUGGAGGCUUUUGCUGCUGCGAAGACGUCAGCGGAGCAGGACCGUGCGAACACGAGGGCUGCUCUGGAGGCGCGGGCUGCGGAGCUAGCAAGCAAGCUGGAGGCCACGGAUGCUGCGAGGGCGGCAGUGGAGCAGGAUCGGGAGAGGACGAGAGCGACCUUGGAGGAGCGGCUGCGGGGCGCCGAGGCACGCGCUGCGGAUCUCGCGCGCAAGCUGGAGGCCAGUACGGCUGCGAAGACAUCGAUGGAGAAGAACCGAGAGAGCGCGAGGGCUGCCAUGGAGGAGCGGUUACGCGGCGCCGAAGUGCGGGCUGCCGAACUGGCGACCAAGCUACAGGUCUCUGCUGCGGCGAAGGCGGCAGUGGAGCAGGACCGCGAGAUGAUGAGGUCCACAUUGGAGAAGCAGCUUCGCGACUCCGAGGCACAUGCUGUGGAGUUGGCACGACAACUGGAGACCACGGUUGGGGCAAAGGCGUUGCUGCAGCAAGAUCUUGAUAGAAUAAAAAGUGCCAUGGAGAAGCGGCAUCAGGAAUCUGAGGCACGCGCCGCGAAGCUGGCUGCCCAGCUGGAGGCCACGAAUGCUGCGAAGACCGCCGUGGAGCAGGACCGCGAGAGCACCAAGGCCGCAUUGGAGAAGCGGCUCCAGGAAUCCGAGGCACGCGCCGUGAAGCUGACUGCGCAGCUGGAGGCCACGGAUGCUGCGAAGGCGGCUGUGGAGCAGGACCGCGAGAGCACCAAGGCCACAUUGGAGAAGCGGCUCCAGGAAUCCGAGGCACGCGCCGUGAAGCUGACUGCGCAGCUGGAGGCCACGGAUGCUGCGAAGGCGGCUGUGGAGCAGGACCGCGAGAGCACCAAGGCCGCAUUGGAGAAGCGGCUCCAGGAAUCCGAGGCACGCGCCGUGAAGCUGACUGCCCAGCUGGAGGCCACGGAUGCUGCGAAGGCGGCUGUGGAGCAGGACCGCGAGAGCACCAAGGCCACAUUGGAGAAGCGGCUCCAGGAAUCCGAGGCACGCGCCGCGGAGCUGGCUGCCCAGCUGGAGGCCACGAAUGCUGCGAAGACCGCCGUGGAGCAGGACCGCGAGAGCACCAAGGCCGCAUUGGAGAAGCGGCUCCAGGAAUCCGAGGCACGCGCCGUGAAGCUGACUGCGCAGCUGGAGGCCACGGAUGCUGCGAAGGCGGCUGUGGAGCAGGACCGCGAGAGCACCAAGGCCGCAUUGGAGAAGCGGCUCCAGGAAUCCGAGGCACGCGCCGUGAAGCUGACUGCCCAGCUGGAGGCCACGGAUGCUGCGAAGGCGGCUGUGGAGCAGGACCGCGAGAGCACCAAGGCCACAUUGGAGAAGCGGCUCCAGGAAUCCGAGGCACGCGCCGUGAAGCUGACUGCCCAGCUGGAGGCCACGGAUGCUGCGAAGGCGGCUGUGGAGCAGGACCGCGAGAGCACCAAGGCCGCAUUGGAGAAGCGGCAUCAGGAAUCUGAGGCACGCGCCGCGAAGCUGGCUGCCCAGCUGGAGGCCACGAAUGCUGCGAAGACCGCCGUGGAGCAGGACCGCGAGAGCACCAAGGCCGCAUUGGAGAAGCGGCUCCAGGAAUCCGAGGCACGCGCCGUGAAGCUGACUGCGCAGCUGGAGGCCACGGAUGCUGCGAAGGCGGCUGUGGAGCAGGACCGCGAGAGCACCAAGGCCACAUUGGAGAAGCGGCUCCAGGAAUCCGAGGCACGCGCCGCGAAGCUGGCUGCCCAGCUGGAGGCCACGGAUGCUGCGAAGACCGCCGUGGAGCAGGACCGCGAGAGCACCAAGGCCGCAUUGGAGAAGCGGCUCCAGGAAUCCGAGGCACGCGCCGUGAAGCUGACUGCGCAGCUGGAGGCCACGGAUGCUGCGAAGGCGGCUGUGGAGCAGGACCGCGAGAGCACCAAGGCCGCAUUGGAGAAGCGGCUCCAGGAAUCCGAGGCACGCGCCGUGAAGCUGACUGCCCAGCUGGAGGCCACGGAUGCUGCGAAGGCGGCUGUGGAGCAGGACCGCGAGAGCACCAAGGCCACAUUGGAGAAGCGGCUCCAGGAAUCCGAGGCACGCGCCGUGAAGCUGACUGCCCAGCUGGAGGCCACGGAUGCUGCGAAGGCGGCUGUGGAGCAGGACCGCGAGAGCACCAAGGCCGCAUUGGAGAAGCGGCAUCAGGAAUCUGAGGCACGCGCCGCGAAGCUGGCUGCCCAGCUGGAGGCCACGGAUGCUGCGAAGACCGCCGUGGAGCAGGACCGCGAGAGCACCAAGGCCACAUUGGAGAAGCGGCUUCAGGAAUCCGAGGCACGCGCCGCGAAGCUGGCUGCCCAGCUGGAGGCCACGAAUGCUGCGAAGACCGCCGUGGAGCAGGACCGCGAGAGCACCAAGGCCGCAUUGGAGAAGCGGCUUCAGGAAUCCGAGGCACGCGCCGCGAAGCUGGCUGCCCAGCUGGAGGCCACGAAUGCUGCGAAGACCGCCGUGGAGCAGGACCGCGAGAGCACCAAGGCCGCAUUGGAGAAGCGGCUCCAGGAAUCCGAGGCACGCGCCGUGAAGCUGACUGCGCAGCUGGAGGCCACGGAUGCUGCGAAGGCGGCUGUGGAGCAGGACCGCGAGAGCACCAAGGCCGCAUUGGAGAAGCGGCUCCAGGAAUCCGAGGCACGCGCCGUGAAGCUGACUGCCCAGCUGGAGGCCACGGAUGCUGCGAAGGCGGCUGUGGAGCAGGACCGCGAGAGCACCAAGGCCGCAUUGGAGAAGCGGCUCCAGGAAUCCGAGGCACGCGCCGUGAAGCUGGCUGCCCAGCUGGAGGCCACGAAUGCUGCGAAGACCGCCGUGGAGCAGGACCGCGAGAGCACCAAGGCCGCAUUGGAGAAGCGGCUCCAGGAAUCCGAGGCACGCGCCGUGAAGCUGACUGCGCAGCUGGAGGCCACGGAUGCUGCGAAGGCGGCUGUGGAGCAGGACCGCGAGAGCACCAAGGCCACAUUGGAGAAGCGGCUCCAGGAAUCCGAGGCACGCGCCGUGAAGCUGACUGCCCAGCUGGAGGCCACGGAUGCUGCGAAGACCGCCGUGGAGCAGGACCGCGAGAGCACCAAGGCCGCAUUGGAGAAGCGGCUCCAGGAAUCCGAGGCACGCGCCGUGAAGCUGGCUGCCCAGCUGGAGGCCACGAAUGCUGCGAAGACCGCCGUGGAGCAGGACCGCGAGAGCACCAAGGCCGCAUUGGAGAAGCGGCUCCAGGAAUCCGAGGCACGCGCCGUGAAGCUGGCUGCCCAGCUGGAGGCCACGGAUGCUGCGAAGACCGCCGUGGAGCAGGACCGCGAGAGCACCAAGGCCACAUUGGAGAAGCGGCUUCAGGAAUCCGAGGCACGCGCCGCGAAGCUGACUGCCCAGCUGGAGGCCACGGAUGCUGCGAAGACCGCCGUGGAGCAGGACCGCGAGAGCACCAAGGCCGCAUUGGAGAAGCGGCAUCAGGAAUCUGAGGCACGCGCCGCGAAGCUGGCUGCCCAGCUGGAGGCCACGAAUGCUGCGAAGACCGCCGUGGAGCAGGACCGCGAGAGCACCAAGGCCGCAUUGGAGAAGCGGCAUCAGGAAUCUGAGGCACGCGCCGCGAAGCUGGCUGCCCAGCUGGAGGCCACGAAUGCUGCGAAGACCGCCGUGGAGCAGGACCGCGAGAGCACCAAGGCCGCAUUGGAGAAGCGGCUCCAGGAAUCCGAGGCACGCGCCGCGAAGCUGGCUGCCCAGCUGGAGGCCACGGAUGCUGCGAAGACCGCCGUGGAGCAGGACCGCGAGAGCACCAAGGCCACAUUGGAGAAGCGGCUUCAGGAAUCCGAGGCACGCGCCGCAAAGCUGACUGCCCAGCUGGAGGCCACGGAUGCUGCGAAGGCGGCUGUGGAGCAGGACCGCGAGAGCACCAAGGCCGCAUUGGAGAAGCGGCUUCAGGAAUCCGAGGCACGCGCCGCGAAGCUGACUGCCCAGCUGGAGGCCACGGAUGCUGCGAAGGCGGCUGUGGAGCAGGACCGCGAGAGCACCAAGGCCGCAUUGGAGAAGCGGCUUCAGGAAUCCGAGGCACGCGCCGCGGAGCUGACUGCCCAGCUGGAGGCCACGGAUGCUGCGAAGGCGGCUGUGGAGCAGGACCGCGAGAGCACCAAGGCCACAUUGGAGAAGCGGCUCCAGGAAUCCGAGGCACGCGCCGCGAAGCUGGCUGCCCAGCUGGAGGCCACGGAUGCUGCGAAGACCGCCGUGGAGCAGGACCGCGAGAGCACCAAGGCCACAUUGGAGAAGCGGCUCCAGGAAUCCGAGGCACGCGCCGCGAAGCUGACUGCCCAGCUGGAGGCCACGGAUGCUGCGAAGGCGGCUGUGGAGCAGGACCGCGAGAGCACCAAGGCCGCAUUGGAGAAGCGGCAUCAGGAAUCUGAGGCACGCGCCGCGAAGCUGGCUGCCCAGCUGGAGGCCACGAAUGCUGCGAAGACCGCCGUGGAGCAGGACCGCGAGAGCACCAAGGCCGCAUUGGAGAAGCGGCAUCAGGAAUCUGAGGCACGCGCCGCGAAGCUGGCUGCCCAGCUGGAGGCCACGAAUGCUGCGAAGACCGCCGUGGAGCAGGACCGCGAGAGCACCAAGGCCGCAUUGGAGAAGCGGCUCCAGGAAUCCGAGGCACGCGCCGCAAAGCUGGCUGCCCAGCUGGAGGCCACGGAUGCUGCGAAGACCGCCGUGGAGCAGGACCGCGAGAGCACCAAGGCCACAUUGGAGAAGCGGCUUCAGGAAUCCGAGGCACGCGCCGCAAAGCUGACUGCCCAGCUGGAGGCCACGGAUGCUGCGAAGGCGGCUGUGGAGCAGGACCGCGAGAGCACCAAGGCCACAUUGGAGAAGCGGCUCCAGGAAUCCGAGGCACGCGCCGCGAAGCUGGCUGCCCAGCUGGAGGCCACGGAUGCUGCGAAGGCGGCUGUGGAGCAGGACCGCGAGAGCACCAAGGCCGCAUUGGAGAAGCGGCUCCAGGAAUCCGAGGCACGCGCCGCAAAGCUGACUGCCCAGCUGGAGGCCACGGAUGCUGCGAAGGCGGCUGUGGAGCAGGACCGCGAGAGCACCAAGGCCGCAUUGGAGAAGCGGCUCCAGGAAUCCGAGGCACGCGCCGCGAAGCUGACUGCCCAGCUGGAGGCCACGGAUGCUGCGAAGGCGGCUGUGGAGCAGGACCGCGAGAGCACCAAGGCCGCAUUGGAGAAGCGGCUCCAGGAAUCCGAGGCACGCGCCGCAAAGCUGACUGCCCAGCUGGAGGCCACGGAUGCUGCGAAGACCGCCGUGGAGCAGGACCGCGAGAGCACCAAGGCCACAUUGGAGAAGCGGCUCCAGGAAUCCGAGGCACGCGCUGUGAAGCUGGCUGCCCAGCUGGAGGCCACGGAUGCUGCAAAGACCGCCGUGGAGCAGGACCGCGAGAGCACCAAGGCCACAUUGGAGAAGCGGCUUCAGGAAUCCGAGGCACGCGCCGCGAAGCUGACUGCCCAGCUGGAGGCCAUGGAUGCUGCGAAGGCGGCUGUGGAAAAGGAGGGGGAAAGCUCGCUGGCAUGGAUGGAGGAGAAGCUGCGGGGCUCUGAGGCUCGUGCUGCGGAACUGGCUGCCCGCCUAAAGGCUAGUGCUGCUGCGAAGACGUCGGUGGAGCAGGACCGCGCGAAGAUGAAGGUGCUGUUCGAAGAGGAAUUAUGUGAUGCGAAGGCGAAGUUGGCAUUGGUGGAGGGAUCGUUGGCGGAAACCAAGUUGGAGUUCAAAGGUCGUGUCGAGGAGCUGGAAGGGGAGUGCGAGAAGCUGAGAAAUGAUAAGUCGAGGUAUGCGAAGAUGGUCCAGUCGCUGGAGUAUCAGACGCGUAUUGAUGAGGCGCGGCUUAAGGCGCGUCGUGAUGCGGUGCAUCGGAAGGAGUGA